CUUCAUAUCAACGUUAUUGCUACAUAGUCCCAUACUCUGCAUGUAUUAUUUAUACCAUUACCAUAUCUCCGGACCCGUAAAGAUCCGGGUCAGAAUUGGUCUUUCGCAACCCACGCCUGUCGCAAGAGGUGACUAACGGGAUCGUGUGGUCGACACAUAUUGACAUAUGUGAUCGUAUCCCAACUGCUCAUGCUGUUGAUCACUGGGUUGUCUGGUCCAGACUCGAUUUUUACAGACCGCCGCCAUAUAGCUGGAAUAUUGCUGAGUGCGGCGUUAAACAACAACCAACCAACCAUAUGUCCGAUUAUAUAUCUUUAUGAUUUACAGUGUGUGAAGACUGGCGGUAAACUGGACAUUCGAUUCAUCAGUUACUGGUCAGAUGGCAUGACAAUCAGUAGGGAAUGUUGUGAACUUUUGUGCUCUGAUAAAUGUGAUCCAAAGUUUUCUCUGUGCAUCUAUGGCUCUGACGGAGGAAACCCCUGCUCUCUUUAUCAGAGCACCACAGACUACAUAGACAAUCAUAAUAAAAUUAACUUUGGAAGCAGCAUUCAAGGAAAAGCAAAUCCUUUCAUCAUACCAGUGCCCAAAGCAGUACCGUCCUCAAUAACAAUACGAGUGGAGGUGUAUGACAAUGAUGACACCUCCAUUGAUGACCACCUGGACACAUUCUCUAAGCUGAUCAACAUCAAAGCUACUGCUACAGAACAGACAGCUGUGUACAUCCCAUACAUAUUGAGGGGAAGGACACAGUGA